AUGAAAGUAUCGGAAACAAUAAAUUCUAAUUUCAAUGAAACGUUUGAAUCAGAUAGAACAAACAAUAUAACGUUCACUGCUGGGAAUUUGUUCACAGAUACAAAUGUAAAUAAAGAAAAAACGACAACAAUUAGAUCGAUUGGUAUAGAUAUUAUAAAUCUUCCCAAACAUAGGGAUAGCGAACAGCUAACCUAUAAAAAUGGUCUACAGCCCGAUAAAGAUAGGCAGUGGGAUGACAAAUUGAAAUAUGAUGACCAAAAAUCGAAACAGCAAAUCGAAAUGGAAGGUAUUGCAUACAGAACACUAAAGGAAAGAAUACAACAGUUUCUUGUUUGGACUGCUCCUGGCAUUGGGAUGUUUUGUGGAUCAUUCUUUACUUCUUGGUCUCUUCAGUCAUUUGGUGGUCGUCGAUUUUUUGCUGUUAUGAUGCUGAUAUCAGCUGCGGCAACUGCCUUGCUUGCUAUGACACCUCAUAUUAAAUACGGCCGAUAUUUAACAGCUUGUAUGCGAUUUAUCCAAGGUUUGGCCUUUGCCAGUGUUUUUCCAAUGAUCGGUUCAGUGACGGCAAACUGGGGAACUCUCAAACAGCAAUUUCUAUUUUUGAUUUGUUGCACAUCUUUCACUCAGUUGGCACCUUUAAUUAGUUGGCCGAUUUCAUCAUAUAUAUUCAUACGUGAUUAUCGAACACCAUUUCUGGUACAUGCAGCAUUAACCUGCUUACUGGCAUUGAUUUGGCUGAUAAUUUUUCGAGAAAAACCACAGUAUCAUUUUUCAGUAAAUGGACUGGAAUUGAACAAAAUUGUGGCUGGAAAAAUUAAGGCCGAACACAAUCGAAUUUUAGCGAAGAAUCCUUGCCGACUGUUGAUUAUGUCGUUUCCAGUUUGGGCUAUUUGGAUUGGUGCAUGUGGCUAUUUUCUUGUGGUAUCAGUUGUUAUUCAAUUUUUACCCUUUUAUUGCUUGCUGAUUAUUCGCGAAACUCGCACUGAUUCUGCACUAUUGGCUGCCGUACCUUUUUUGUUUAUGUUUAUAAUGACGCAACUUCAUGGGUUAUGGUAUCGUUUAGCGAAGUUUUUUAAUGAGAGGAUGUCAAUAUUGGUCUUCAACACUACCUCUUUUGUUAUUUGUUCACUGAUUUUUAUUUUUCUUGCAAUAUUUCCACCUGGUGGCACAUUUCAUCACAGUGUCGUGGCUGCAUUCACUUUGAUUCUGUGCAUUCUAACAUUUUCUGUUUAUGGGUUUUACCGUAGUGCUGUAUUGGUGGGCCGUUUUUUUGGACAAUUUAUUGUAUCUUAUAUCCGGUUUUUUAUUGGAUUUGCAUUUUUUUUCACAGCUGCUGCUGUUGUUUUCUUUGUGGAAGAAAAUGAUGCUGAUGAAUGGCGAGUGAUCUUUUUGAUGUUAGCAGCCCUCCUCUUAAUUUCUGCUGCGGUAUUUGGAGUAUUUGGAAGUGCGUUGCCCGAAGAAUGGUCGAAGGAUAGCUGGGAUCCGUCAGCUGCACGUCCGAUGAUUACAUUUGACCAAAUCGAUUAUCAUGCAGAUGAAUGCGGCCUUCUAGAAAUGCGAAUUAUAAGAUGA